AUGGCGCCCCCCGCUCGCGUGCGCCUGGCGACCGUCCUGCUGCUCGCCGCGCUCUCCGCCUGCGCCGGCCUGCAGAACUACCGCUCCAGGUUCCCCAACGGCGACUGGGUCCCCUGCCCGCCGGACCACGACUGCGCGGGGGAGCUCUGCGUGGGCGUGGGCCACAGGAACUGCCUCGGGGGGGCCGUGGAGCCCCGGCGCAACCCCUUUGGACAGGUGCUCCGGGGGCUCCAGAGCGAAUUUGCGAUCAGUCUGCGGUCGACAAUUGGUGAAGAUCGGUUGUCGGUGCCGGGGGCGGAGCUGCGAGUGUUCUUCCGCUUGCGACGCGAGCCUGAAGCUGGACGUCUGUGGCAGGACUUUGCCCAGCAAGGGCGCGCCUGGACGCUCGAGCUGUGCGAGAUGGACUCGGACGGCGAUGGGUUCACCAACGGGGAGGAGCUGGGGGACCCCUGCUGCGUCUGGCACCAGGGAGCGAAGGUGCCUCCCUGGAUGACUCCACAAGAAUGGGAAGUAACCCACCCAGGAUUUGCAUCGUCAGUACCAAGUGAGCAUGCCAACAAGACUGAACUGUGUGAAGGCAUUGUGCUGUUGGGUCCUGAUACUUUUUUCAACGAAGGAGAGAAAGAAGUCACGAUUGAAUACGUGGUCAAAGAGCAUGUGCUCAAACCGGUGGAUACCGUAUAUGACAACGUGCGGUUCAAUUUUCCGGAUGACAGGGAAUACCACAUGGUGGGUGUCGAGCCGUUGAUCGACAAUGAGGAAAUGGUGCAUCACUUUGUGAUGUUUGUGUGCGAGGAGCCAACUGAUAGGCCUGGCGAAAUUUUGGAGGACGAAUCCGAAAUGGAUGACGAAUGUGAGGAAUCUGUCUACCUCUGGGCUCCUGGAAAUGGAAACUUCAGCCUCCCUUCGAAUGCAGGCAUUUCUGUGGGCAAGGGCACUGGCCGCUUGAGUUUCGAGCUGGAAAUUCACUAUGACAACCCGCUGCUGCAGACAGGAAGAACUGAUGCCAGUGGAAUUCGCAUGCAUUUGACUAGCGAUCUGCGGAAGGAUGAAGUUGGCCUCUUGUGGUCUGGAAUGGUGACCAGUGUUGGAGAAAUACCUCCCAAGGAAGAAGUUGUGUUCUCAGCCACCAUUUGCCAGCUGGUGAUAGAUGAGACGCAAGCGCCGGAUGGCAUCACUGUGUUUUCAAACGUGCCCCACAUGCAUUUCUUGGGAAGGCGCCUUUGGACGGACAUCCUGAGGGUCCCAUCUGAAGAUCUGCACACAGGGGGAAAUUUCAUCAGCGACCUGACGCAACUGGAGAAGGUGGGGGAACUGUCCAGGGAAGACAACUUCGACUUCAACGUGCAACGUUGGUCGCACAUGGCCGCCUUGAAGUUGAGGAACGGUGAUAUUUUGGCAACCACAUGUGUUUUCAACUCGACAGAGAGGAAUGAGUCCACUUUCGGUGGCGAAGGGACCUUCGAUGAGAUGUGUGUGGACUUCAUUUCAUAUUACCCCGCCUCAGCCCUUGAUACUCGCCUGUACUGCGCGGGGCCCCAGUAUGUCGGGACGUCCCUUCCUGCGUCAGCAACCGACUUCCUGGACGUUGUUGAGGCGUCUGGGCAGGGCACCGAGGUCCCCCAGUGGCGGCAGGCCUACCUGUCCGGCGAGCUCCCCUGCAUUCCCACCAACCACACCACUGCUGAUCUCCAGACGUCCGACAGCUUCGACAUCCAGACUGUGCAGCUUUGCAGCCAAGGUUGCUCGAGAG